GCAAGACAUAACCGGCUAGCCGUAAAUACCGCAAAAAAAGUAAGGUGAAAAAAGUCGAGAGUUGCUCUGAAUCUACAGCCUCGGGACGUUUCGACCUAGGUGACCAACCAGGAUUGUUCUUCCGCCGCCAAAAACUUUUUCUUGAUCUCCAGACCAGUGCCUCGCACAACUAAGCCACAUAUCCGAAAUUUGAUGGACAGGAAAACCGGCAAUUUCUUUCAAUACUAUUCGUCGCAAUGGGUAUCCCUCAGAAAUCUACCAGGACUAAGACCAGGAGGCGCCUGAGAGACCUCGAUCAGAUCUCGGAAGACCUCCGAUCCCCCAAGCAUCUUGAACAAUUCAAGACUCUGAAGGCUCCGGAAGGUUUACCGGGUCUUGGUCAAUAUUAUUGUAUCGAGUGUGCAAAGUUUAUGGAGAGUGAACAUGCUCUGAUUACACACCGCAAGGGAAGCACACAUAAGAGAAGAGUCAAAGCCUUGAAGGAUGAGCCCUACACCCAGAAGGAAGCUGAAGCAGCUAUUGGACUAAGGACCGAUAAUGGACCAAAGCAAGCAGCUAAAGAGAACACGAAGGAUAUGGAGGUAGAGAUGGAGAACUCUGGCUUCCUCGAAGACAGUAUUGUCACUUGAAGAGCUCCAUAUCACUUGUCACAAAUGCAAGGACUAGAGAUAUGCUGGUCGAAAACAUGUCAUGGGUAUAUUGGCUACUUCACUCCUCGAGGCUUUGCUGCUCUGGCCAAACCACUACCUCGUGUACCUCGAAGACCACCACGGGCCGUACCACCUCUACCUGCUACAGCUCCUCCUCGACUAGCACCUCCUAUUCUCGACGCUGGGGCUGGAGUUGAGAACUUUGGGGUUGCUUUGGAGGAUGUUGGUGGAUUAUCGACAAAGGAUGUAUCAGUGGUU